AUGGGCUUCGACAUCGGCGGACCCUCGCAGCCUCGGAAGUUCUCAUGUAAACGAUGCCAACUCCGCAAGUUGAGGUGCAGCCGCACAGAACCUUGCAGCAACUGCCAGAAAAGCUGCCAGGUGUGCGAAUACCGAGACCUCACAUCUAGGAAGAGGCCGGCCGCCAAAGAGUAUGUAGUUGGCUUGGAGAAGCGUGUCGCCUGGCUUGAGUCACUCAUUAUGAGAUUAAAGGCAGCCGGCACCGAGGAAAGAGACACGAUGCUUGAGGCAGUGUCUCUUAGUGAUGAUCUACUUACUGUUGGCGCCCAAGUUUCCCAAGUGGCGGACAACCGGCGGACCGCUCCCGCUGGACCCGGGCCGCAACAUUACCUUCAUGGGUCGUUUCAGGUCAGACCAGGAGGGUACUUGGUCUAUCAUGGUGCAAGCAGUGUAUUCUAUGCCCUGAAUGAAGCAAAAUCACUGGCUUCGAAACGGCGUGUCCAUCAAUCCAGCCAUGAAAGCGUUUCCUCCCCGAGCAGUUCGAUCUAUGUGGGCUCCGGAACCGACUUUAACCAUGUGGCCCAACACUUUGGCAUCGACAUGAAUGACGACCUAAUCACCAAAAUGCUGAUGCAAUUUUUUAAAUGGCAAUAUCCUUACUUUAUGUUUAUCUAUAGGGAAGCCUUCUUGCGCGACCAUAACCGAGAUCGUGCCGGCUCCCAGUACUGGUCCACGGCGCUGGUGCUCUCCAUGUGUGCCCUGGGCGCUCUGACAUCCGAUCAAGAGUCGGAACGGUUGAUGAGUGGGCAAUUCUUUUCCGCAGCAGAAACCAUCGCGAUCGUCUCGGGUCUGGCGCGCCCUUCAAUUACCACCGUUCAAACGUUUCUCUGCCUGGCCUUCUAUGAGAUUGGACGAGGCGAGCCUUCCAAGGCGUGGGGGUUCUCUGGUCGAACAGGCAUUGCGUUCCGGAUGGCGCAGGAUCUUGGGUUUCAGAAGGACCCCGACGAUUGGGGUUCACACCACGCAUUAGCAACAGCGCCAGAAGACAUUGAGAUUCGCCGGCGGAUAUACUGGGGUUGCUACUGUUCAGAUAAGAUCAUCAGUCUUAUACUUGGCCGUCCAGUACAACUCUACCGCGCUGAUGGUGAAGUCCACGAUCGCCUUGUGGGAUUACCGUAA